AGAGGGGCGGGGCGCGGGCGGAUCCCGGGUUAGUCUAGCGCGGCGGUCGCGGGCGCGCGAGGGGCGAAGUACCGUGUCGCGCGCAGGGAGGCAGCAACCGCAGCAGAGGAGCAGACAUCGCAGCCGCCGUGUGAAGGAACCAUGAAGCACUAUGAGGUGGAGAUUCUAGACGCGAAGACGAGGGAGAAGCUGUGUUUCCUGGACAAGGUGGAGCCCCAGGCCACCAUCGCUGAGAUCAAGAACCUCUUCACCAAGUCCCAUCCUCAGUGGUACCCCGCCCGCCAGUCCCUCCGCCUGGAUCCCAAGGGCAAGUCCCUGAAGGACGAGGAUGUUUUGCAAAAGCUGCCCGUGGGCACCACAGCCACGCUCUACUUCCGGGACCUCGGAGCUCAGAUCAGCUGGGUGACGGUAUUCCUGACAGAGUAUGCGGGGCCCCUUUUCAUCUACCUGCUCUUCUACUUCCGGGUGCCCUUCAUCUACGGCCACAAAUACGACUUCACGUCCAGUCGGCACACGGUGGUGCACCUAUGGAGCUCAGCAGGUUAAACUGGCGCUGGCCAUCUUUGUGAUCUGCCAGCUUGGCAACUUCUCCAUCCACAUGGCCCUGCGGGACCUGCGGCCCGCUGGGUCCAAGACCAGAAAGAUCCCGUACCCCACCAAGAACCCCUUCACGUGGCUCUUCCUGCUGGUGUCCUGCCCUAACUACACCUACGAGGUGGGGUCCUGGAUCGGGUUUGCCAUCAUGACCCAGUGUCUCCCAGUGGCCCUCUUCUCCCUGGUGGGCUUCACCCAGAUGACCAUCUGGGCCAAGGGGAAGCACCGCAGCUACCUGAAGGAGUUCCGGGACUACCCACCCCUGCGCAUGCCCAUCAUCCCCUUCCUGCUCUGAGCCGCACCCCUCCCCCCUACGUCACUCGGGCACACCUGGGGCCACAGCUGUCUACACCUGGAAUAAAACCUGCCUGCCCCAACUGGA